AUGCGAAUCAAGGCUUCUUCCGAUCCAAAUAUGGAAGCUGUGUUUUCCACAAACUUGCAUAUCAUAUGGAAAAGACCAAGAAGCAAGUCGCUCGGCGACAUUGAGGCUCAGCAAAAUUCAGCUCAUCUUCCUACAGCUCUUGAGCAAGCACAAGAAAAUGCUGCUCCAUCCAACAUCAGAUCACGAUCUGUGUGUGGACGUCCAUUUGAAGACUCGUCUGAUGGAGCAUGCGCCUAUAUCGUGCUCGAUCGGAAGUUGACGGACGCUGACUCUCAAGAGGUCACUACAUCUACGUGUGGUGAGACAUACGAAGACAUCACCGAGAACACCUCCGAAGAAGCAAGCUCGCCGAUGACCGAACCAGACAACGAAGACGAUGAUGAAGUCGAGAAAAGCUGGUCUCCUACAACUUCCGACGAUUCUUCGCUGGAUCAAGACACCACGCUCUGGUCGGUCACCACAGAUCUCUGGUCUCCAUCAGCGCCAGAAACACCAGCAUCAGCUCACACUACAGUUCUCACCCCCCUGCCCGAACCAAAUACCCUGACAUCCGCCUACCUCCCUUUCUCCUCUCACCUCGCACUAACAAACCAAUUCGAUCCCUCGACCCUUACCCUCUUUCACCUCACCCAAACUCCAAUCUUCAUUCACAGUAUGCUACAAUUACCUUGCACCCUUUCCGCCGUCCUCGAUCUCCCUACAUCAGACCUUCUCUGCCGCUUGACUCCUGCCAUCCUACUCAACCACACCACAUAUCUUGACGCUACAACUCUCCUUCCUUCACUGGCGAGAUCAACAUUCCAAUCAACAUACCACCACGUCAAUGGCCUUGUGUACUUUCCCAAAACCUCUGCCUGCAUCGAGAAGCUCAACGCUUUCUUCACUACGCGAUGUCCCAUGCAAGAACCUACCCAAACCCCAGAGAUGGGGAUGAGGAAAGUCACCACACAGGUCCAAGACAGCAAUGGAAGACGCCAUGACAUCAUCGCUUGGGCAUGGGUUGCUAAGACAGCAGAAGGAACAGAAGAGUGGUGGACUUGCGAGGAUUUUGUUGCGGGAAGGGUGGUUGGGUUGCAGAGUGUGAAGUGGUAG